UUCGUGAAUCACGCGCUGGAGCUGCUGGUGAUCCGCAACUACGGCCCUGAGGUGUGGGAAGACAUCAAAAAAGAGGCACAAUUAGAUGAAGAAGGACAGUUUCUUGUCCGAAUAAUUUAUGAUGAUUCUAAAACAUAUGAUUUGGUUGCUGCUGCAAGCAAGGUCCUCAAUCUCAAUGCUGGAGAAAUCCUCCAAAUGUUUGGGAAGAUGUUCUUCGUCUUCUGUCAAGAAUCUGGUUAUGAUACAAUCCUGCGUGUCCUGGGAUCUAACGUCAGAGAAUUUCUACAGAACCUUGAUGCUCUGCACGACCACCUUGCUACCAUCUACCCAGGCAUGCGGGCACCUUCCUUUCGGUGCACUGAUGCGGAGAAAGGCAAAGGACUCAUCCUGCACUACUACUCAGAGAGAGAAGGGCUGCAGGAUAUUGUCAUUGGAAUCAUCAAGACAGUAGCUCAGCAGAUACAUGGCACUGAAAUAGACAUGAAGGUUAUUCAACAAAGAAAUGAAGAAUGUGAUCAUACUCAAUUUUUGAUUGAAGAAAAAGAGUCAAAAGAAGAGGAUUUUUAUGAAGAUCUUGACAGAUUUGAAGAAAACGGUACCCAGGAAUCACGCAUCAGCCCGUAUACGUUCUGCAAAGCGUUUCCCUUUCACAUCAUAUUUGACAGGGAUCUUGUGGUCACUCAAUGUGGCAACGCCAUCUACAGAGUCCUUCCCCAGCUCCAGCCUGGGAACUGCAGCCUCCUGUCUGUCUUCUCCCUGGUCCGUCCUCACAUUGACAUCAGUUUCCAUGGAAUCCUCUCACACAUCAAUACAGUCUUCGUGUUGAGAAGCAAGGAAGGGUUGUUGGAUGUAGAGAAAUCAGAGUGUGAGGAUGAGCUGACGGGCACUGAAAUCAGCUGCUUACGGCUCAAGGGUCAGAUGAUCUACUUGCCUGAAGCAGACAGCAUACUUUUCCUGUGCUCACCAAGUGUCAUGAACCUGGAUGACCUGACUCGGCGAGGGCUGUAUCUGAGUGACAUCCCUCUGCACGAUGCCACUCGGGACCUCGUGCUCCUAGGAGAGCAGUUCAGAGAGGAGUACAAGCUGACCCAGGAACUGGAAAUCCUUACGGACAGGCUGCAGCUCACGUUACGAGCCCUGGAAGAUGAAAAGAAAAAGACAGACACGUUGCUGUAUUCCGUGCUCCCUCCAUCUGUGGCCAACGAGCUGAGGCACAAGCGUCCGGUGCCCGCGAAGAGAUAUGACAACGUGACUAUCCUUUUCAGCGGCAUUGUGGGCUUUAAUGCCUUCUGCAGCAAGCACGCGUCUGGGGAAGGGGCCAUGAAGAUUGUCAACCUCCUCAACGACCUCUACACUAGAUUUGACACUCUGACGGACUCCCGGAAAAAUCCAUUUGUUUAUAAGGUGGAGACUGUUGGGGACAAGUACAUGACGGUGAGCGGGCUGCCCGAGCCGUGCAUCCACCACGCACGGUCCAUCUGCCACCUGGCCUUGGAUAUGAUGGAGAUUGCUGGCCAGGUCCAAGUAGACGGUGAAUCUGUUCAGAUAACGAUCGGGAUCCACACGGGGGAGGUAGUUACCGGAGUCAUAGGACAAAGGAUGCCUCGCUACUGUCUUUUUGGAAACACCGUCAACCUCACAAGCCGGACAGAAACCACUGGAGAAAAAGGGAAAAUAAAUGUGUCUGAAUAUACAUACAGAUGUCUCAUGACACCAGAAAAUUCAGAUCCGCAAUUCCAUUUGGAGCACAGAGGCCCUGUGUCCAUGAAGGGCAAAAAGGAGCCAAUGCAAGUUUGGUUUCUAUCCAGAAAAAAUACAGGAACAGAGGAAGCAGAGCAGGAUGAAAACUGAAUCCUGGACUGUGGGGUUAAGAUUGCAGGUUGAGGUCCAGUCUCCCCCUAACAGAUGCCGUGCCUGGGACCAGUGAUUCCCUCCGUCCUUUUCCUGUUUCCCCAAGCCUUUCUCCUGUGUAUCUCUUUCCUUAUUCAUUAUUCAACUUUAGCUCUGCUUUUGAUUAUUUUUGAGGUUUAGUAUGUUAUCUGAAGUUUGGCUUUGUGUGGCUGAUGUGAGCUUCACAUGUCUUCAGAUCGACUAUGCAUCACCUGGCAUGGUGGUUUUCAAGUAGUGGGCACCCAAUAAAUAUUUGGUGAAUUUAAUUAAAU